AAGCCUCCCGUCCCAUUACUCCCCGUUCCCGUACAGUUGUUAGUUCCCGACCGGCACUUGAUGGGGGAUGUGCUGCACCCUCACCCUCAGGCCGGCGCCGGCGACGUGCAGGCCCUCUGGCCGGGCGACCUCGACGAGCAGCUCAUAACCGAGCUCCUCAGCGACGACAGCCUCCUCCUCGGCGCCCUGCAGCAGCCCCCGGCCGGCGGCGGCGACUCGGAGCACGGCUCGGCAGACACGGGGGCCUCGCCAGCGGCUGCUCCCGCGGCGUGCGACAGCAGCGCGGGCGAGCAGGAGCUGCUGCCGCAGCUGGAGGAGGUGAGCAGGGCCCUGUGCUCGGUGUACACCGGCCCGACGAUCCGGGACGUCGAGAUGGCGCUGUGGACGUCGCGGCCCUCCUACCCCUGGAGCAGCCGCCGCUACAGCCCGAUGCAUCUUGGCAGCAGGUUUGGGGCGGCGAGCCGGGCGCCGGUGAGCAAGUACACGACCAAGGUGAGGAGCUGCGGCGGCAAGACGCCGAGCGACGGCUACAAGUGGCGGAAGUACGGGCAGAAGUCCAUCAAGAACAACCCCCAUCCCAGGAGCUACUACAAGUGCACGAGCUCCCGGUGCGGCGCGAAGAAGCACGUGGAGAAGUCCACGGACGACCCGGAGAUGCUGGUCGUCACGUACGAGGGCCCGCACCUGCACGGCCCGCAGCCGCUCUUCCCGCGCCGCCAGUGGGCGUCGGUGGACCUGUCCGGCGCGGCGGCGGCGGCGGCAAAGAAGAAGAAGCCGGACAAAAACCCCUCCCCGGCGGCGUCAUCAGCCGCCCCCGCGCGCGCAAGCGACGAGGGGGGCGGCUGGCCGCCGAACGACGGCCACCAGAUGACGUGCGGCGACGCCGAGGAGGCGCCGGGAAACGGGCGCGCGGAGGACGCCGUGGCGCGCCGGCACCUGGCGGCGGCCGCGGACUCGUGCGACGGCGGCUCGACCGCCUCCGUGCCGGCUGCUACCGUGCUGACCUGCGACUCGUCGCCGACGACCUGGUCCUGCCCCGACUUCCCCUUCGUGUGGUCCCCUGAAGCUCCUCUGCUCCUGUAGAAGCCGCGGCCGGUAACUAUGGAUCGCCUAGGAAUAGGAUACUUGCGUAUAUAUGUACACAUACAUCAUAGUAGUAGAUAGCGAAUGGAUCAAAAGAUCAGAGACCCCAGCAAUUUACAUUGCGGGCUAGAAUAACCCGAGUGACUAGGCUACAACGCCGGCGUCAGGCUACCUAAAGCUGGUGCAGCGCCGGUGGUGGAAAAAAAGGCUAGCACUUUUCUAGUUAACCAGAGUACCAGACAUCUACAGUGUAUUGUACGGCAGUGAAGGCUAGGUAUCACAGUUCACAAAAGUGUAAAAUCACAUGUGCCAAAGCGUGCUCUGCUCUAGCACCACAAGAAGCUUUUCCCUUUUCA